GUUUAUUAUAUCUAGUAAAUCAUUUCGCCACUUUUGUGUGUAAUUUAGUUAAUGUAUGCGUGAGCAAUAGACGUAAACACUAUAGAAUUACCUGUCGUGUUAUUGUUUACUAUCUGUUUACUGUUUCUGGUGCAUCUUACAAAAAAAAAAAACAACAACAUGUGAACAUGCAGGAACCACAAACCAACAGUGACAUGGUCGUACUUUCGGAUAAUAGGCAGGAGACUGCUUUGAAUUUAGUGACCGAAUCCGAUUUGGUUGAGUAUGUUUCGCGCGAUCAAAAAGUGUUUUAUAAAAGUCAACAAAUUAAUGACCCCGAACUUACCGUCGAAGAAAAACUAAGUAUCCUCAAAGACGUGUUAUCGAAAAGUCAUACGACUUUUCUGUCUCGGUUCGGGCAUUUUAUUAAGGAAGACCACUUAAAAUAUUUCGAACAAGAGCACGAGACUUCCGGUUACAGCCCGGAUGAACGGUAUGAAGUGGAAUACUAUCUGGAGAAGAUUCGUAGGUCGCAUAACGGUGGGCGGGAGCGGGAAGUACGCAACCGAAGAUAUGCGGCAUUAAAGCAGUUGGUGCAGGAUGGAAGCUAUUUCAGCGAGACCGAAAUGAUGCAACGGGAACCGCUGCUAUAUGAACAGCUUGUCGGGCAGUACCUAAGCGAACAAGAACGAAAGGUACGAGACACGGCUGGAUCGAAACCAGAUAGUUUGGUUACGAUUUUGUUCAAUGGAAUCGAUAAAGAUAAUACUGAUGCAUUGCGCAAGGAGCAGCUGAGUGAGGAGACUAGAAUGGAACAAGCGGCGGCCGAAUAUGAAGACGAGGACGACCCGGAGGAUAACGGCCGGGAAAAAAGACCUGGAACGCCAGCCUUCUCCCGAGCCCAGUGGGGUAAUUUUGAUGAGGAAGAAGAAGAGCGACUCAAAAAUAUCCAACAAGAACAAGAAGCUAGGAAGCGCAACAAAAAGUACUCUGUUCCAGUUAAUAUGGUAACAGUUGGUGAACGAAACCUGCUGCGGGAUGAGUUUAUUGGAACUAUGUAUGCCAAAUUUAUAUCUGGCGAGGAUGGCGAUUUCGAUUAUUCGAAAAUUGAUGAUAGUACGGAGUUUGAGAAUUUGGAUAUUAUCGAACAAGAUGAACAGGAGCGAUAUUUUGACAGCGAGGAUGAGGAUAACGAAGAAUUGGGUCAACUGCAUGACGUCUCGCAAUCGCACAUGCAAUUGGACGAUAGCGAGGAAGAUGAUCUGGAUGUCUACAUGAGGCAUAUUGAUCAGCAUUUGAAGAAUCAGCAGAAUAUGGACCGAAUGAAUAGUCAGAUGCGUGAUAUAAAUUGUGAAUACGAAAGCGAUGAUUAAUUUGAGGGUCAAAGUCAUAGUGAAAUUGUAAGCAUUCGGGUUGUACUGGUCAUUUGAAUCAUCAAGGUCUAGACUUUCUUUUUUAAUUUUUUUAACCGACAAACCCGAAUCAUCGGAUGCAUUGAGCAUGGUUACAACGGGAGUCAAAUGACGGUUCAUGUGAGAUACAAUGUUUGCCAGGACCCAAUGGCCAGUCCUGUCCUGGGAAACUCGCAGUUUUUUCUCUACUUGGCAGAACGGGCAAGUGACAAAGGCGACCAUAUUACCGUCCUCGAUGUAUUCUGCGGUGACCUGAAUCGUGCUUAGUUUGUUGCAGAAAUCGAUAUUUUUCACAGUACCAUCACAACUAAUAAAAAAUAU